AUAAAUUUAUUUAAAGAGUUGUUUUUAUAAAUAUUUCCUUCCGUUUUUAUGUGUCAACAAAGAUAUAAUUUAUAAUGGAAACCGGGUAUAACAAAGACUUGUUAGUUGUGUCCAAAAUAUGAUGAUCAUUCUACCCAGAACAUUCCUGAAUGCUGCCCCAAAAUUUUAAAUGAUGAUUGAAAAAGGAAAUCUCGAAACUGCGAUCGGUUGGUUACGUCGGUAUUUGAAAAAAGGUGCGGAAUGAAGUUAUGGAAGGUGGACAGUGAUGAAAACUCCAUACUGCGCGUCGAUGUUCCAUCGACGAUGACAUAGAUCGGGGUUUUCAAUCAUCGGACGAAUAUUAUUGUGCUGUUUUAGUUUCUGGGGAUCACUCACACCUCAAAGGUUAAAAUGUCAAUAACGGGGCAAAAUUUGAAAAUUCUACAGAAACUGCGUGGCCACACCAGCGAUGUCACCACCUGUGAUUUUGCACCGAAUUUUACUUUAAUUACUGGAUCAAGUGACAAAACCGUUCGUAUUUGGGAUUGGGUGCCGGGUUCCGGCUACGUGCAACGUCACCUUUCACCCCUGCGGGUUCACAAGUACCAGGUGACUUGUGUGCGGGUAUCGCCUCAAGGUUCUCUAUUUGCCAGCGCUUCUGUCGACGGAACCGCCGUCCUCUGGAACCUGCACUUCACUAAAAAACUCUUCACCAUCACACAGGUCAAUGGGGACGCCAUCAGGGUGUGCAGUUUCGCUCCAGACAGUUCGAUAUUGGUAACAGCUGGAGAUAAUGGUGCGGUGUGUGUUUGGGACUUGGUUCACAAAAGUUUAAUUAGAACGCUGUUGCAACACGAAGGUACGACCCAAUCGCUGGCCUUUACACCUGACUCCCAAUAUUUGGUUAGUGCCUGCUCCUUGGAGGUAGUUCGUGUGUGGUACGUCCAAGAUCUCGUCGACACAACGAACGAUUCCAAUUGCGUUUCCUUGGCGAAAGUGGACAAUGCACACGACAUGGGUGUUUUCUGCGUCGACAUAUCUAAACACGUCGAAAUAGAUGAAAACAAUCCGUUAAUAAAAUACUAUAGACUGGCUACAUGCGGUAACAGCAACGAAAUCAAAAUUUGGACGAUCACUUCGACGUCCGUCACAAAAACGAAACUGACAAGUACCAAUGACGUGGUACUGGAUCCUUGUGAUACGUACGAUGGUCACAGUUCCUCUGUCACGUGCAUCCGUUAUACUAACAACGGUUCCUAUCUGAUAUCCUCCUGUCUGGAUAAAUUGGUGAAAAUAUGGGACACGGCCACCGGUUCGUGUGUGGCUACCCUUGAGGGACACACCAGAUACGUGAACUGUACUGCCAUAUCUAAAGAUUCGACUCUAUUGGUUUCUGGUUCUACAGGUUCCAACGACAAACUGUUGAUCGUGUGGGAUAUCAGUGGCAACAUUACAACCGACUCGGAACUGUUCCAUCAAGAACUUACUUACAAUGUGCCUGGUACGCCAGAUGAGAUGCAUUUAGUCAAUAUGUCGGAUUGUGAUGAAAAUGAAGUGAAAUUAUUAGAGAAAAUCGAUGAUAUCUCUGAUGGUGCCAUAAAUAGUUGUUGCUUUUAUGGCAACGAAAUGUUAGCUACUGGUUCAGGUGACAAACUUGUUAGAUUGUUUAAUGUAAUUGAAGAGAAUAACAACAUUGAGGAAACUACAUGGUCGCCGCUGGAAGGCCAUACCUACGCCAUAAAUCAUGUAGAAUUUUCCAAAGAUGGUACUAUGCUAGCCUCCUGUUCUCUCGAUGGUUGUACUAGUUUGUGGAAUCCAAAGACUGGUGAAAAGCUCGUUUCGAUGCCAAAAAAUAGUUUAUCGGUGAAGGUGUGUAGAUUUUCUCCCAACUGCCGACUGCUUAUAACUGCAGGAGACGACGACAAGGCCACCGUUUGGAACUCUGAAACCAUGGAAGAGAUCAAAAUAUUGGAAGGCCACCUAGACGCGGUCACUUCAGCAGCGUUUUCCCCAGACGGCAAAAUAAUAAUUACGACGUCGUUCAACUCGGAUUUUCGCGUUUGGUCCGUCGGCACCUACAAAUGUCUUCAUAUUCAGGAAGACGCCCAUACCUUUGGUAUACAGAGCUGCGAUUUUUCGGAUAACCUUGAACCGAUACCCAACAGUCAUGUUGAUGUACAAACAUACCUACUUGCAUCUUGCGGCAAUGACGGAUUAGCAAAGCUUUGGAGAGUUUCAAUGAUAAAGGAAAACGAUGAAAAUGUGUUCGACGAUUUAGAAGUCAAGGUGUGGCGUACGUUUACUGGUCACGGGGGUAACGUUAUCUGCGUCAGAUUUUCUCCUUCCGUUGGGGAAGUUGUUUGUUCAACAGCUACAGACAGACAAGCUAGAAUUUGGUCCGUAUACAGCAGUGAAUGUUUGUACGUAUUGGAUCACGAUUCUAUUGUAACGACAUGCGGAUUCAGCGCAGAUUGUUCACUGCUGGCGGUUGGAUGCUUGGAUAAAACCUUGUGGCUUUGGAAGUUACCUCAACAAUUGGUAUUCCAAUCUGCGGUUGCAAACAAGUUCAAGUGCCGAACGAAAGCCAUUAUUGAUUGGAAUUCGCAUGAUGUAGCAAAAUGGUUGAAAGAUAUUAAUAUGGAAGGGAUAAUUGAAAAUGUACAUAAUAGUUCUUUAGAUGGUGUCAAACUUAUAACACUCCCAGAGGAAAACAUAUGUUCAGGAUUGGACUUAGAUGAAGAGCAAACUGAAAAGAUGCUAAAAGAAAUAAGAUGGCUAAAGAAAGCGGAACUUCAAAUAGAAAAACCCGAAAAUGUUGAAAUUCCCCAUGAAUUUUUGUGUCCCAUAACGCAUGAAAUCAUGAGAGAACCGGUAACAUGCAGUGAUGGUUACACAUAUGAGAAAAAUGCGAUUGCAGAAUGGUUCAUAUCCGGCAAAUACACCAGUCCCAUGACUAACGAACGGCUUAACAACACGGACUACAUAUACAAUUUGGAUUUGCGAAAUGCGAUUCAUUCGUUUCUGGAAAAUCUGGAUCAAGCGGAUGAAGAGUAACUUAUUCCUAUUACUUACGUAAGGUCUUUUGCUAGCUGUAAGAGCACUACAUUUUAUACUUUCAGUCCAUGUUAUUCAAUUUUAAAAUAUGUAUAGUUGUCUAAGGGUAUUUGCAAUUACAAUUAUGUGGACGAAUAUACUAAGUUGAUAUUUGCGAAUGCAGACACAGGAAAUAAUAACCAAAUUAUAAUCAAUUAUUAUAUUGUGAUAUCAAUGUUAUUUCAAAACAAUUCUCUAACAUCAUGUAUUUUUUAUUCUAUUUAUAAAUUUUACAAUGCAUACUUUUACAACGCACUUGCAAAUAUUAUUACGAAUAUUCGAAACGAUCCUAAUUUUAGUUUUUUAAAUAUUUCGCAUUAUGCAGUUUAUGUACACUUGUAAACCGUGCAUAUUUAAUUAUUAGUGUGUAUCUUUGGAAAUAUAUGUAAGACUGUAAAUUAGUUAGUGCCUUUAAAAUUUUAUAUAUUGCAGUUAACUGAAAUUACUGCAUAAACUCACAAGCAAAGACUCUGUGAUAAAAUAAUCAUUACAGAAUUGGGAUGUCUGUGUCCCAGAGUAUGUAUCACACUAGUUUUUAAAAUAUUGUUUGAUUUACACGGAUCUAUUGGUUGUAUUGAAUUUAAACAUGUAUGUUUUCAAUUCCA